GUUAAAGCAAAUUGACAAACUCAUAAAGAUUGAAAGAAGUUCGUGAAGAGAGGAAGACUAGGAUCCAGCUCGAAAGAUGAGCGUCUCAUGACGUCGUGUGUGUGCUGUCCAAGCUUGAAAGUUCUGCUUCAAGCAAGCACUGACCAGAAGUUUCAUUGUGACUGAAAAGUUUCAGCUUGGGACGGCGCAGGUUUUCUGGUCCGACCGACCUUGGAGGAAGCGGUCAGAGGAAGGCCUCGAAGGAGUUCCAUAUCUGGGUCCAAUCUGUACAGACAGUGGUUCCAAAGUGGUUAACUUUCCAGCUCCUGACAGCUGGAUUUGGAGCAAUCAAAAGAAAGUGAUGGUCCUUCUUCCAUGAACCUGGCAGCCAGUUAAACAACUUAAGCAAGAUGCAGAGACCGGUGCGGCAGCUAUUUACAUUGGCAGUGAUCUGCGUCAUCGCCCCCCUCAUACAUGCCCGCCCCGAACCCAAUGACGUCAGCAAAGCUGGAAUGACCCUGCGGAUCCCGGAGCACCGAACGAAGGAGGCCUACGUGACCCUCCUGUAUGCGGAGGAGUUUCUGCUGGGGGUUAGGGUUUUGGGGCAGAGCCUGAGGGAAAGUGGAACUAAGAAUGACCUGGUGGCCCUUAUUUCAAAGGGAGUGACGGACAAGGGCGCGGAGCUAUUGCAGGCGGACGGCUGGAUUGUGAAGCGGGUGGAACUGCUGUCAAACCCAAACUCCAAGCACCCGACGCGCUUCUGGGGCGUGUACACAAAGUUGACGAUCUUCAACCUGGUGGAGUAUGAGCGGGUAACGUACCUGGACGCCGACACGAUCGUGCUGAAAAGCAUCGACGACGUGUUCGGAUGCAAAGGCUUCUGUGCGGUGCUGCGCCACUCGGAGCGCCUCAACUCCGGUUUCAUGGUUGUGGAGCCGUCCAAGGAGCUGUUUGCCGAUAUGAUGGACAAGAUUGCUACCACGCCCUCCUACACAGGAGGCGAUCAAGGUUUCUUGAACGAGUACUACGGAAACUUCAUCAACGCGCCGCUGUACGACCCCGAGUUCCGGCCCGUGACGGACGACGAGACGGCGCACCGCCUGCCCACGCGCUUCAACGGGGACGUCGGGCUAUACGUGCUGAACUCAAACAAGUGGAUGGUCGACGACAGCCUGCUCCGCGUGAUCCACUUUACGCUUGGCCCCCUCAAACCCUGGGACUGGUGGACCGCUUAUAUUCUCAACCCGGUCGACCGGUGGGAAGCCUAUCGGCAGCGGCUGCCGGCAUCGAUCCCCGGGGUGGGCGCCGGGUGGACACACCACGUUUCGAGGACAGUCACGCUGCUGGCCGUGCUGCCAUUUUUGGUGUCAAUUCUACUGGGCAGGAAGUGGCUAAUGCAGGUCUACCGCGACCUCUCCGGUCUAGUUGCUCGCGGCCAGCUGUGCGGCGGCGUGCGCGCCCGCUUCCGUCAGGCCGCCGGCGGCCUCCCGCUCUACGGCGCCGUCAACGGGGGCGCCGGCAUCAGCAUGACGUCACAGCCGACGCCGGGCCACUUUGUGGGCGGGCAUCCCCCGUACCUGGAGAGCCUGUCGGUCGCCGUGUGCUUUUCGGCCGUUCUGCUGGCGCUCGGGACCGCGACGUUCCUGGUGCCGCGGCAGGUGCCCCCCCGGACGGGCCUUUUGCUGGUGUAUGAGUGGCUCUUUUUCGUGUUUGGCGUCGCCUUUGCCAAGUACCUUGAGGCGGUGCACUUCUGGGGGCGGAGCACGGCGGCUGGAAAGGGCGCCAAUGGGGCGGGGGGGAGGUGGGCCGACGAGUCGUCGAGAGGUCGGAAUAAGCCCGAGCCGCUCCAAGCCGGGUGGGACUCCGAGACUGCGGGGUAUGUUCUUGGAAUGGGGGGGCUGGCCAUUUUGGCGCCGUGCCUGCCGUGGUUGCUGGGAGUCGACGCGCUUUUCGCAAAGCUGGGUCUCAUGUUGGCGGGGCUUUUCCUGUGGGCCAUUUUCAUGACGCACGCUGCUUCCCGCCUGGCGGUACGCUACUACUUGUCGGGCAUUCUAUCGUCGGCCCACUGACGGUUUGCCACGUUUAAGCAUUGGCUCUAAGCACAGGUUUUGGAAUUGUCCACAAAGCACGCAAUAAGAGACAGUCUGGGCAAGGGAAGGGCUAAGAAGGUUGGAAUCAAAAUGCGGAAAAUGAAUCUUAGGUGAUUUCUUCUGAAAGAUACGACGGCUAGUCAAAUCCUGAAGGUUUCAAUCUGCGUGCACCCACUAUUGUCGAUGGUGAUGCUUUGGCAUACAUUGCAUGAACUAGAUUCUGUAGCCUGGUUGGCAGAGGAU